AUGGUGGCUGGUCAAGUAGGCGACCAAAAGACGGACGCGACGAGGUGGAGGCUUCGAGACGUUGGUGGAGAGCAGACAUGGCACUACCUGAGCGAGGAACAAGCAAAGGAAUGGCCUCAAUCUACGGCAGACAAGUACUUCCUUGGUCUACCUACUGUAUGUGGACAUCAGCUCCAGGAAGAUCGUAUCUAA